AUUCCAGUGUUUACGAUUUGCACAUUUGAGAGCUAACACACUGACAGACUGACUCAAAUGUCUCUAAAUUCCUGCAUUUAUUAUUUUACCUAUACAUUGAUGUAAAUGAAUGCAAUAUCAGGAAGGAAUGUUUCCAUGGCAACACGACCCUUCCGGAUGAGUUUAACUGUUACACAGACAUGAUGGAGGUGAGCUCAGAGGAACAUGUGGAGAAUGAAGAUCCAGGAGCUGCGCCGUAUGGAAACUUCAUCAAUUAUUACUCCUUCAACCCACCGCAGAACCGCGUCAGUUUGAUCCCAGCAUCACUGCUUGAGCACAUCAGCAGUCAAACUGUGUUGAUACUGGAUGUGGGGUGCAACUCAGGGGACCUGUCUGUUGCUCUGUAUAAACAUCUAUCACAUGAGCAGACUUCUGGAAGUGACGAUAAAAGAGAAGUUCAUCUGCUUGGAUUUGACCUGGACCCAGAUCUCAUCCUUCGGGCGCAGAACUCCAACCCCUUUCCCCAGAAUAUCCAGUUUAUCCCUCUGGAUAUCACAGAUGAUGGAGAGAGCCAGACGGUGCUGGAGUCUUACCUAGAGAGAUUUGGAAGUGCUCGUUUCCACCUGUGCACCUGUUUUGCGGUGACUAUGUGGGUGCAUUUGAAUCACGGAGACUCUGCGUUGCUGUCUCUCCUCUCCAGACUCGCAUCUCUCGGCGAGUAUCUUCUGCUGGAAGUGCAGCCAUGGAAGUGUUACCGCUCUGCUGCACGGCGGUUACGCAAACUUGGGCGCAGCGACUUUGAACACUUCAAGACUCUUGAGAUUCGUGGCGACAUGGCAGCUCAUGCUAAAGAGUACUUGGAAAAGCAGUGCGGCAUGGAGCUAGUGCAGAGCUUUGGUAAUACAACAUGGGACAGAAGUCUUCUGCUGUUCAGGACACGAUAAUAGAGGACAAAUAUACGUUUAUAAUUAGAGUGAAGAUCACGAUCUAUAAGACUGACCCUAAACCCUAACUGUAAGUUUAGCACUCCGAGCCGGCCAUAAACAAUAAAAUUAUGGGUUGUUGUUGUUGUUAUUGUUUUAAAAAUGUAUUUUGUUUUACCAGUUACAAGCAGAGAAGCUUUCUUGUUUUUAAUGAACUUGAAAUAAGGCAGUGACUGUUUUCUCAGUGUUCGGUAAUAUACUACUGCCCCAUAAACAUCAUGUAAAAAAUAAACUGCAGCCAAAAUGCAGAAGGCA